CGGAGGGCGCCCAGAGCGGAAGUGGAGGAGCGGCCGGAAGUAGCCUGAAUCCCAGUCUGACUGACCGGCUGACAGGCUUUGACAGGAACCGGAGCUGCGAGAAGGAGUUGGUGGCCAUGGAGUUGGGCGAGCUGCUUUACAACAAGUCCGAGUACAUCGAGACGGCAUCUGGAAACAAAGUUAGUCGCCAGUCCGUAUUGUGUGGAAGUCAGAACAUCGUUCUUAAUGGCAAGACCAUUGUGAUGAAUGACUGUAUUAUCCGAGGGGAUCUAGCAAAUGUAAGAGUUGGACGUCAUUGUGUUGUGAAAAGUCGGAGUGUCAUAAGGCCACCAUUCAAGAAAUUCAGCAAAGGCGUUGCAUUCUUUCCUUUACAUAUCGGGGACCAUGUCUUUAUUGAGGAAGAUUGUGUGGUCAACGCAGCUCAGAUUGGCUCUUAUGUUCACGUUGGCAAGAACUGUGUGAUUGGGCGCCGAUGUGUGUUGAAAGAUUGCUGCAAAAUUCUUGACAACACAGUAUUACCCCCAGAAACUGUGGUGCCACCAUUCACCGUCUUCUCAGGCUGCCCAGGGCUGUUUUCAGGGGAGCUCCCAGAAUGUACCCAGGAGCUGAUGAUUGACGUCACCAAGAGCUACUACCAGAAGUUUUUGCCCUUGACACAGGUCUAAUGUCUCUGCCUCGUGUCUCAAAUUUGCUUGAGCUCUAAGAUGAACUUGGGGACAAAGUGAGCCAGCCAGCAUCUACAAAGAGCUCUUGUGUCUUUGAUACCUUCCACCCUCUUUUUUUGUUUGUCUGGUUUUAAUUCUUUAGAAUUUCUCAAUCCUUCCAGGUUCUAAGCUCUUAAGACUUUAAUAACAGAAUGUCUGGAGGAGUUGUGUCCAAAUGCUGUGCUUAAACCUUAUCUAUUAACGGCCCCUUCAUACCAUUAUCUGUGGAACACAGAAUCAUCUGUUCCCAACACGCCCACCCCUUGGUCCUGUGGAUGACGGGAUCCUGGCCUGCAGAGCAGAGCACUGUCCCAGCGUGGAGGUUAUGAAGCUGGUUUACUGCUCAUGGCCAUUAGCUGCCCACAAUGAACACCGCUCACAUGGGUUGCUCCCAGCUUUCCUGAGCUAACACAUUUGGCCAGUUGCCACAAUUGUUCAUGGUCUUGGGGGAGAAAGUGUUGGUGACUUUUCAGAGCCCAGAUUCCUGUUGGCUACUAAAACUUGAAAGGAGGGGUGGUUAGCAUUUCUCUUCUUCCCGAAAUGACUUUAAGUGUUAUUUUAACCCAGGGUGAUUAAUAAAAGACUUUCUAGCAUUCUA